CGCCACCCCAAGUCCGCAUCGUUCCUGUCCCCCUCUCCAACACCCCCAACUCCGUCCUCCUCACCUGCCACAUCUGGGGCUUCUACCCCCCCGAGGUGACCGUCCUUUGGCUGCACAACGGGGACACGGUGGCCACGGGGCACACCGCCAAGCUCCUGCCCAACGGUGACUGGACCUACCAGACGCAGGUGGCCCUGACGGUCACCGCCGAGGUUGGGGACACCUUCACGUGCUCAGUGCAGCAUGCCAGCCUGGCCUGGCCCCUCCGGGAGCACUGGGGUCCCGGCUUGUCCCCGGGGUUGACGGUGAAGGUGGCGGUGGCGGCGGUGAUAAUGACCCUGGGGCUGGUGGUCUUUGCCGCUGGCACCUUCAGCUACUGCCGCCAGGCUCCAG